AUGCGUCUUUCACGAUCAUUCGCCCUGCUGGCCGCCGUCACCGGCGUGCUGUCGUACGCGGUGGAGCUGCCUGCCGGCGUUCCGAGAUCUCUCUCGGAAUUCAGGGACAAGCACCCCUACACGCCCCCUUCGAGUGGGUGUGGACGCAAGACGAUCGAGAUCCGGGCGUCGAGGAACGACACCGACGAUGUGUCUGAGGAGUUCCGCAAGGGUCUUCAGGACGCUAACAACGGUGGCACGUUGUACUUGCCCAAGAACAAGACUUUUGUCAUUGCUAAGGCUCUCGACUUGACCUUCCUCAAUGACGUCCAUGUCAGACUUGAAGGAGAGAUCAAGUUCACCAACGAUGUUGCCUACUGGCAAGAGAACGCGUUCGAGCACCCUUUUCAAAAAUCCAUCAUGUUUUGGAAAUGGGGCGGAAAAGACAUCAAGAUCUACGGUGAUGGUGUUAUCAACGGUCAAGGCCAACGAUGGUGGAACGAGUUCAAUGCUGGUAUCGGAUCAAUCUUGAACCCUGACAACAAGUACCUCCGUCCCAUUCUCUUCUACGUGGAGAACACCACGAACUUGGAGGUCCAGGGCAUUCACAUGAAGGAUUCUCCCUGCUGGACGAACUUCAUCGUCGGAUCCAGCAACAUCCAGUACAAGGACGUCAUCGCCACCGCCAUCACGAACAACGGCAGCAUCAUCCCCAAGAACACCGACUUCUUCGACUCGUUGGACGUGCAGGAUGUUAGCAUCGAGCGCGUCUGGGUCAACAUCGACGACGACUGCUUCUCUCCCAAAUCCAACAACACCAAUCUUUACGUCAACACCAUGUACUGCAAUGGUACUCACGGUCAGUCCAUCGGCUCGCUUGGUCAAUAUGCCGGUGAAAUGUCGUUCGUCAAGGACGUCCACAUUGAGAAUGUGUGGAUGUUGAACGGAGACUACUCUGGUGCUCGAAUCAAGACUUGGGCCGGCCCUAACGUGGGGUAUGGAUACGUCGAGAACAUCACAUACAAGAACUUCUGGCUGGCGAGAAUGGACUACGGCAUCAUCCUCGAUUCAUGCUACUUCAACAUCAACGAGACGACCUGCGAGCAGUACCCCUCGGGAAUGAACGUCUCAAACGUCCUGUUCGAAAACUUCUCGGGCUACACGAGCGGCGUCUACGGUAACGCCGUCGCCAAGCUCACUUGCUCGACGAACCCAGACGCGGUCUGCCACAACAUCAAGGUCAAGAACUUCAAUGUUACCAGCCCCUGCGGUGGUGACCCUGUCAUCAUCUGCGACGGAGUCGACGGGGGCAUCGAUACCCCGUGCGUCAGCAUCGACAGCGACGAGGCGAAGGCCGCGCUCGCGGCGAAGUGCCAGACGCCUCUUGCCCCUAUCGAUACCAAGCCUUGGUGA